GGACCGGAGGUCGCCGCCUGGAACCCUUUGCCUCCAGCCUCUAAAGCGACUGGAUGAGAGGAAAACAUGUGGAGUCGCUGAGUCCAGCUUCCUUCAGACGGCGUGUUCGCUCGAUGCUGGUUGGAGACGGUUUGUCUUCAUCUGUCCCUUCCUGUGUGGAUGUUUAUGGCCGGUUGCUCCUCUUAGAAGUAAAAUAUGGAAUCCUGCUGAGGGAAAAUAGGAAAGCUGUCAAAUCGCCGCUUGUUGGACCCGUCCACCUCCCGUCCUGUGUGUGAUUUAGCGGUCUUCAUAGCUCCACCUUCACCAUUACGUGGACAACACACAAAAUAAGCGAGUGGGAUAUCUAUGAUUUACUACAUUGGCUACGAGUGCUGGAGGAGACCAACCUGCUCUACUGGCUGUUAGAAGUCUUGGCGGAGUCCAAGCAGCCUUGAAUGUGCAUCAAACACCUUCUUGAGCUUCAUGCGUUUAGCCGUCAUCGGUUUCUGGUGGAGCCAUAUUUGACCCUGUUGCUCCCAGUUGUCCCCGAGAGGACAUCUCGCCCAUCCCGGGACGGUGGUUGAGGCGCAGCAGUUGCCGUCCUCUGCUCUCCUCUCAGCUGUCGCACCUGCUCAAGGGCUCCGGGGCAGCCACACAAAGGGUGCAGUGUUGCAAAAGGGGAGUUUAACCCCCCCCCCCUCAGAUCAUCCGAGGCCUGCUGCCCAGCCCUGAAAACACGCCCUCUGCUGGGAACAUUCGACCACCGGGUCCUAAAAACAACUGAAACAUUGUGUUCCCUGUCUGAAAAAAUGGAAGUAGAUAAAGUUUAUUAAUUUUUGAAAAUAUGAUUAAAUACUAUUAAUUAUUAUAUAUAUGAAUGUGUUAACAUAUAUAUACAUAGGCAUUUUUCUACUAGUGUUUGAAACACAUUUGGUGAGUUUUUAUAACCUUGUGGUAGUUGUCUCUUGAACAUGAAGCAUGCUUUGUUGCUACUUUGUUCUGUGAUUGGCACUGACCACAAUCCGUUCGCUAAGUCAAGACAGGUUUUAAACUUGUGCUUCUGGGCAUGUCUAAUGCUUUCUGCGUCAUCGGGUCGGGACACCCGGUUUAAUGCUCUAAGGUUGUGUACUAAUCGGUACGUACCGUCGGGUUUAGAUACGGUCUGUAUGGGGAGGCUGUGUGGUACUUUGUCUAUUUGUUCUAACACCCAUAGAUCGCAUAGUUCUUUGACGGUUUUUUCUAUCUCUGCUUCAGCCUCCGGGGCAAUGGGGUACUGUUUCUCUUUUUGUGGUGGUAGCCCUUGUAUAUUGUAUUCGAAACCCUCCACGUAUCCUACAUCAUUUUUGAAUUGCGAGUAUCGGCCUUUUUGUAGGAUUUCUUUCAACCUAAUUUUGUUAUAGUAGAGUUUUGUACUUUUGAACUUUUCGUUUUGCAAUUCUUUCAUCCAAUUAACGGAUGUCCCGUCAAUUGAAAAUCCUGCUCGUUGUUCAUUUUAUUCGUUUCGGCCCGCGAGAAGUCUUUUAUGCCCAACAGUCUGUUUUUGCCUUCUAUUGCUACCAUACCGUUGUACGGAAAUAAAGAUGUGUCUUUUACUUGACCAUUAGCUGUACUUCUAUUGUUGCUCCUUCUAGUGGAGUCCCUUCGCCUUUCUUUGUUACCGAGAUAUUUGCUCCGGUGUCGCAGGUAAAUAUUUUAUUUGUCUGACCUGUCGGUGUUUUUAGCGGUACAUUAGCCUUUAUCCACUGUCCCUCCAUGAAUCCUAUCCUUAUUAGUUCUUUGAUGGGUGCCGGAGCAACUAAGCUGGCCUCGGGUUUUUCUCUUCCCACUUUCUCUUUUUCGCCAUAAAUUUGUCCCUCUCUUCUCUGGUCAUUGCUGCAAAUUCUGGUCUGCUGACCCAAGGCAUACGGCCGGAGCCGUCCUUUCCCUUCCCUACUGUAUGUGCUCCAAGUCUCCGCGUUCAUUCUCGGUGGUGCCCCAUUGGGGCCCCUUGAGGUUUCUGGUGGAGUCCUCAUAACGGGUCGCGGUGUCCCUAUUUUGUGCCACUCGGUACUCGGGCGAUUGGGUGUCUUCUCGGGAUGUGCGUGGAAGUGCGACAUAACGCUUCUUUGAUUGGGUUGUUGAUACGUGGUUACCUGUUUACGCUUUUCUCUGGUGCUUAUGGCCUCCCAGUCGACCACCAUAUUCUGGGUACCGGGCAGCAAGUUUAAGAGUUUCUCCUCGUGGAUUAUGUUACAGUUUGGGUCCCCUCUGAGGAGUCUCAUGGCUAGCCCUAAAGCUGUUUCUGAGUCCUUGACGCUCUCGCCGUAUUUGAUUAUUUUUGCCUCUAGUUUUACUCUCAGCCACAUGGUGACUGUUGUGCUAUCCAGCUGUUCUGGGGCUAAUCCCCUUUCUUCUACGACUUCAAUCAUAUACUCUUGUUCUGUUUGUUUUUGGUUUGUUAUCUGGGAAGUGUUCGAGCCGUUCUUUGCUUAGCUUGUCUUUGACCUUCUUCACUUUUCUGCCCAUAAAAGACCUUUCCCAGUUAUUUUGAUCCCCUUUUUGUCGGCUAUGUGUUACGUUGCCCUCUUCGGAUUCAGAUGAGCUUUCUGAGUCGCCUGAGGAGGAUGAGGAGGGUGAUGAGGAUGACGAGGAAGAGGAGGACGGGGGCGAUGGGCCCCUUCUCCUGUUUCCCUUUAGUUUCUUUUGCUUCGGCUUUUUUGUAAUUUUGAUGUUUGAGCCCUUGUGUGUUUUCGUAGGUUUCCUCACGCUUUCCUGCUCAACGUCUGGUAGUUGGGAGAAAUAUGUCUCUACUGAGCGAUCCCUCGCUCUGGCCCUUUCGGUGAGCCAGUCGUAGCCGACUCGGUGCUGCGAGUCUUUAUGGGUUUUGGUUACACCCAGAAGGGAGUCUAUGUCUCUGGAGCUGGGCUUGGUGCGGACUAUACCUCUUUCUAGCUGAUCUGCGGCGUACCAGGCGGGAACAUCUCCCAUUCCUGGUCGUUUAGAAGUGGGCAAAAUACGUCCCCUUCUUGCGGUAUAACAAGGGUUCCGUACUCCCCCUUGCAACACAAGUACAAGAAGUAUUUAAGAAAACAUUUAGGAAUCAGCAGUUUUGAAUACAAUUGCAACCUGAGAUAACGGUGAUGGAGUUAUGGGAGGCUGAGGGCGCCUCCUUAGGGAGCAGAGCUCUGUGAGAAAGAAGGAGGUUCCUCCCUCCAGAAUUCAUGCGCGAACACGGAGGAAGCUGAGGUCUUUACUCGUGCUGCGGAGGAGUGGAGAUGCUAAUAAAACAAACGGGGAGAGAGAGAGAGAGAGAAAGGAGAGCUCCUGUGAUCCUCCCACACUUCUCCGUCUGCUCCUGCUGCCCGGAGGGGGGGAGGAGGAGGAGGAGGAGGAGGAGGAGGAGGAAGAGGGAUGCAGGGCGAGAACACCUUACCUCCCUUCCCCUCUCCCUUCAUCCCUCUGUCCGUCUCUCCCUCUUCACUCCACCGCGACAGCAGCACCGAGACGCCACAACACACCACCGCUGUCAAUGGCCUGCUAACGCACACACACACACACACACACACACACACACACACACACACACACACACACACACACACACAGUGAGCGGCAUCCCCUGCAGACGAAGAACCCUUUGACUGCUGCAGGCGAGGGACACGGGACGUCAAUUAAGAGCCGUGUUGGUGGUCAGACGUCCAGGGGACUGACAACAGGAAACAGGACUCAGUGAUGCCGGCGUGGUCGUGGGAGCGCUGCGGUGAGACGGGCCUGGUCCUGCUGGGCUUCCUGGCGCUGGUGGUGUCGGUGGGGAACCCGUCCGCUAGACGCCUGCAGGAGGACGGCGUAGCGUCCAACAGUCUGGAGGAGGAGCUUGAGGUGACCACGUACUGGUGGGGCGAGUGGGCCAAGUGGACGGCCUGCACUCGGGCCUGUGGAGGCGGAGUGAUGUCACAGGAGAGACACUGUCUCAAACAGAGGAAAAAGGUUGUGGCUGGUAAAGACAACAUGACCUGCACGGGGACAGCCAAGAAAUAUCACCUGUGCAACACUGAAGAAUGUCCUGCCACCGGGAGGAGCUUCAGGGAGGAGCAGUGCUGGUCCUUCAACUCGCAGCUUUACAACGGGAGGAACUACCAGUGGAAGCCUCUGUAUCCUGACGACUACGUCCACAUCUCCAGCAACCCCUGUGACCUCCACUGCACCACCACCGACGGCCAGAGGCAGCUGAUGGAGACGGCGCGGGACGGCACGUCCUGCAAGUACAGCAGCUACCGCGGCGUCUGCGUGGCCGGCGAGUGCCAGCCGAUCGGGUGUGACGGAGUGCUGUUCUCCUCCAACGCCUUGGAUAAGUGUGGCGUCUGUCAGGGCGACGGAAGCAGCUGCAGCAGAGUCACCGGCAACUUCCGCCGCGUCGCCACCAGUCCGGGUUACUCUUUAAUCACACAAAUCCCUGAAGGAUCAUGGGACAUCCAGAUCAUCGAGAGGAAGAAGUCGGCCGAUGUUCUGGCUGUCACCGACCAAGCAGGAAACUUCUUCUUUAACGGAGCCUACAGAGUGGACAGUCCCCAGAACUUCCACGCAGCGGGCGCCGUCUUCAAGUACCGCCGGCCCAUGGACGUGUACGAGACCGGGAUCGAGUACAUCGUCGUCAAAGGCCCCAUUGACCAGGCCAUCAAUAUCCUGGUGUGGAACCAGAACGGCCGCACGCCGUACAUCACCUACGAGUACACCGUCCUACGGGACUCCCUGCCACCGGUCCCGCCCCCUCCCGCCUACACCGGGUCGGACACCUCGGCGGGGGAGGUGUCGGUGGAGGUUGGGGGUCCGCCGCACCCCAACGGCAGCGCUUACGACCAGGCGGCCCCCGAGAGCCGGGCGGAGGGGGGAGGCGCCGACGGGCAGAAGGGCCAAGAGACCAACGAGGUGUACGAGGGGACGGCGGCCAUCGACUGCGACCAGGACCCCAACUUUACCGAGGGAAACGGCAGCCGCGCAGACGGCACCGCCGCCCCCGCUCCGGCUGGCGGGCCCCUGGACACGGGGCCGGACUCCCCGAACCUCAUCUGGAGGGUCCUGCUGGACGGACGGAUCGGUCCCGAUGAGCUGCUCGUCAACAUCUCGACCAAUCAGCUGCUGACGGAGGGAGAGGGUUUGUUCUCGUCGGAGGCGGGACCGGAGGCGGGACGGGAGGCUGACACCGGCGUCCUGAAGCGGGACGGGCCGCUCGGCGUCAACGACACGCUGGAGUUCACCCUCGGCCGCAAACGCAACGAGAGCGGAGACACUUCCUUCCAGAACAAAACCGUGCAGAGUGGCGGGAGGACCUCUGGCCGCUCCAACAGAACCAGGUAAAUCCAAGAGAUCCAUCAGAAGAACCUGAAGCUGAGUGCAGCUGACAUGUACCGCUGGAAGCUUUCCUCUCAGGAGCCCUGCAGCAUGACCUGCUCCAUAGGCGUGUCGAAGUCCUUCGUCACGUGCAUCCGGUACGACGGCAUCGAGGUGCACGACAUGUACUGCGACGCUCUGACCAGACCGGAGCCGGUCCACGACUUCUGCAUCGGCAGAGAAUGUCCGCCCAGGUGGGAGGCGAGCAGCUGGAGCGAGUGCUCCAGGACCUGCGGGGAGGGUUUCCAGUUCCGUCAGGUCCGCUGCUGGAAGAUGAUCUCGCCGGGCCUGGACAGCUCGGUCUACAGCGACCUCUGCGCCACCGCCGACCUGGAGAGGCCCGUGGAGAGGCGGCCCUGCAAGAGCCCGGCCUGCGGCCCCCAGUGGGAGGUGGCCGAGUGGACAGAGUGUCCCGCCAAAUGUGGCCGCAAAGCCCAGGUGACCCGGGACGUCCGCUGCUCUGAGGACGCCCGGCCUUGUGACCCGAUGACCAGACCACCGAACGCCAAGAACUGCACGGGUCCGCCCUGCGAGCGCCAGUGGACCGUGUCCGAGUGGGGUCCUUGCUCGGGGCUGUGCGGCCAGGGGAAGACGGUGCGCCACGUGUACUGCAAGGCGCCGGAGGGUCGCGUGGUUCCUGAGAACCAGUGCUCGGCGGAGGACAAGCCGCUGGCCAUCCACCCCUGUGGCGAGAGGGACUGUGCUCCGCACUGGCUGAGCCAGGACUGGGAGAGGUGUAACACAACGUGCGGUCGCGGCGUGAAGCGGAAGCUCGUCCUUGGCGUCGGCAUCAGUGGAGGGACGUUCCAGACCUUCGCGGAGGAGGCGUGCGGAGGCAGCGAGAAGCCAGAAGAAGAGACCCCUGCUUCGAAGAGGCCGUGCUUCAAAUGGUACUCCACCCCCUGGUCUCAGUGCACGAAGACGUGUGGCGUCGGUGUGAGGAUGAGAGACGUCAAGUGUUACCAGGGAACGGAGCUGGUCCGAGGCUGCGACCCGCUCACCAGACCUGUGGCCAAGCAGACCUGCACGCUGCAGUCCUGCCCCACCGAGCCGCCAGAUGAGAGCUGCCAGGAUCGUCCCUCCACCAACUGCCUGCUGGCGCUGAAGGUCAACCUGUGCAGCCACUGGUACUACAGCAAGGCGUGCUGCCACUCCUGCCGCGCCCUGCGACCUCCGACCUCCUAGUGCACCACGGCCCGCCCAACACGGCACACAGACGCAAGUCUGAUGUAAACGCCGUACGACAGUUACUGUGGACAACGAGAGACAUCCAGAGCUUUCCUCCCAUAACCUGGUUUGUUGGACUAAAAACGAAAUCUGGUCAUUUUUAUAUCAGACGGAAACAUUUAGUUGUGUUCAUAUUAAUUAUGUUACGUUGUUUCAUCAUUCUCCAGUUGCUCCUUUUUUCUUAUUUCUAUGCCAAACACAGAAUGUAUUUUCUUUAUUUGGAAUUAAAAUUCAUAUCGGAAAGGAAGCUAAUUCCUCCCCUGAAAGGACCCUCCGCACAUCUCAAGGUCUUCAUCAGUUAGUGGAGGAAUUCUGUGUCACAAAGAACAUUAAACCGCCAGAAUAACACAUGUUGCCUUUUUAUGUUUCUGAGAACCACGAAUGUGUCGAACGUCAACGUCUCCAAACCAAAUAAUAUAUGUGAUUUAUAAUCGGUUCAUAUCAACUUUGUGUAACACGGACAUGUUUUUCUGCUCAUGUUGCUUUCCUAUAGUUUGCGUUUGUAUACCACAGUGUUAAAGGACUACAGGUGUAAACGACCUGCACAGGUAAAUAACGUUAGCAUUGGGAAACGAUUGCUUAGCAUUUGGGCAACAAGACGGUUCUGUGAAGUCAAAAAGGACAUAAGAAGUGACGUUUGCAACGUAGCCUUUGAAGAACAAUGAUUAACGCUACAAGUUAUCAGGGUUUGUGACGUAGCCUCACGUAACAGCAUCACUUAGCGAGCUGCGUCACCUUCAUGCGCUUCCUGCUUUGGUGAUCUCGUUAUUUUACCUGACGGACGUUCUACGACAUUUCCUCCGACCAAAGGCCUUGACUGCUGAAACAAAGCCAACAUUCUCCCUCAGCGGCGGAACGUGGAAACAUGCAAAACUAUUUGUUUGAGAAAUGAAAUCUUUCAUCUUCUUGUCCCGACCGUCUCCAACAUCACAUCACGAACGAAUCAACUGAGGAAAAGAAUCCACUCAGUCCUUCCUGGAAUGACUAGAACGUUUGGUGCACGCGUUUCGUGGACGUUAUUUUAUUGUGCUCGAGUUCAGCGUGUAAAAGUAGAUAUUUCCGGGACGCCUGCAGCACACGGAGGCGUAUUUAUUAGUCACUCUUCCCUCAUGGUGACGCGAGGCGGCGGUCGCUCAUCGGGUCACUGAUUCUGGUCCGUGUGUAACAGGAGAGCUGCUGCAAACAGGAGGCUCCUCACCCUCGAAGUGAGACGCGUCCUUGUGUGUCUCAUUGUUGUGUACUCUGCGGUUGGAGAACUGAUACCUCUUUGUACAAAGCAUAAAUGUAUGGACACUGUGUGACGAUAAACUGAAGACCGAAUGGUGUUGACUUGUUUUUCAAUUAAAUAACAGUUCAAAUGAA